AUACAAAUGAAGGAAAUUUUCAAUUGGUUAAACCAUCCAAAAGUUUGACCAAUUUCUCCAUGAUUAAUAUAGAAAAAGAAAAAAAAAAGCCAAACCCAAAGAUAAUUACUUUGACAAAAUCGCCUAAGAACUAGACUACUCCAAUAGGCAACAUUUCAGCAACUCGCCAACCAUAACCACCUUCGAAGCAACCAUCCCUGAUCCCACCGAAACACCCACUUCAAAAUCUCAUCUUUGUCUUUCUUCAAUCCAUUUCUACUGUACAAAUCAAUGGAUACUGAGAAAACCCCAUCAAAUGGUAAAGAAGUAACUGCUGAAAUUGAAGACAUAGACCCAAUUGAGCUUGUCCUCUUUCAAGUUUCUGAAUGUUAUGUCUACAUUAUACCUCCAAGGAAAACUGCUGCUUCAUACAGAGCUGAUGAAUGGGAUGUAAAUAAAUGGGCAUGGGAGGGAGCAUUGAAAGUCGUCAGCAAGGGAGAGGAUUGCAUUAUCAAACUCGAGGAUAAGUCAACAGGUGAACUCUAUGCACGGGCAUUUUUGCGAAAAGGCGAGCCGCAUCCUGUGGAACCUGUAAUUGAUAGUAGCAGAUACUUUGUGCUCCGAAUAGAAGAAAAUAUCGAUGGUCGUCUUCGACAUGCUUUCAUUGGUAUUGGAUUUCGAGAAAGGCCGGAAGCUUACGACUUUCAAGCUGCUCUACAUGACCAUAUGAAGUAUCUAGACAAGAAGAAAACAGCCGAGGAAAUGGAGCAGCAAUUCCAGAAUUCUUCAACAGUUGAUUACAGUUUAAAAGACGGAGAAACCCUCGUUCUUCAGUUGAAAAACAAACCCGGUGGCAAUAUUAAGCUGAAAUCCGUUGAGCAAGGCGUGCACAACCUUUCGAUAUCAGAUAAUAGCAAGCCUAGCGACCCUUUACUUUCUAUCAAACCACCUCCUCCACCGCCAUCGACCCUCUCACCAACGACUUCUCCUAAGACUCCGAAAUCCCCAAGUUCUAACCCGACUGUAAAUUUCAAAGACGUGAGUAUUAAAGAACAAAGUGAAAAUCCUGUUAAAGAGAAGCCUCAACCUGAUCUUCACUCGAAGGAAACUCGAAGUCCCGAAGAUACAAUUGACGAUGACUUUGGUGAUUUUCAAGCCGCCAACUGAUUCAUUAUUAUCAUCGUCAUGUACAAAGUUUUCUGUUUAUAAGUGAAAUUCGUUUCAUCUAAGUUUGGUGUAUAUGAUGUUUUUGAGUUGCAUCGACAAAAUUUCACCAUUGGGUAUUGCUUGCUUACUAUCUUAGCAAACCCGGGACAAAAAGAGGUGUUUCGAGUCGUAUUUUGAGUUGAUGUUGCUUUCGGUUUACUUGUUACUUGCAGCUUUGCCAAUAGUUAUUAUUUUGGUAUA